GUCCAGUGCUGUAUAAAUAGCGUGCUGUGGGCGCAAGGCAGUGAUUCUGCUGAAGAUGGUUGAUGUUCCAGGGCCUCCGCUCCUAUCUCUGCUGCUGCUGUUGAGUGUGUUGGCUCUGCCUGCCACAACAUACACCCUGACCCCUGGCAGACAGCGCCAUGCCCAGCACAAAGUCCUGCAACUGGGUGAGCCAGAAACACACAUACUCAUCUUAACAGCGACUCUCUCUCUCUCUGUCACUCUCUCACUCUCACAUUUAAUCAGUCUGAUCUCAACCAUUCCUACUUGGGCCAAUAACUAAAAUCGAAAUCAAACAUUUUUCUUGUAUCAUUCUAAUUGUUUUGACCUGUGAUAGUCACAAAGGUUAUGUUUACACAGGCAGCCCAAUUCUGAUAUUUUGCCCAAUUAUGAGCAAAAGAGCUGAUCUGAUUGGUCAAUAGACCAAUUAGUGGAAAAGGUAUCAGAAUUGGGGUCCUGUGUAAACGCAGCAUCUCUUAUCUUUGUAACUGACUGUGAUGAUUCUUAAACUGGUCCACAGACUGUGACAUGGUUGAUCUAGGAUCAGUAUUAGUCUGACUGUACUGAUAGUUCCUGUGUAUUUUCUCUCCUAUAGACUGGCCUAAGGACUGUGGCAUGGCCCACUAUAAACCCAACAUGGCUGAACGGAUCGUCUCUGGCAACGAGGCCAGACCUCACUCCUGGCCAUGGCAGGUCUCCCUACAGGUAAUCAAUCAACCAAUAAACAUACUUCUACCUGCUAACUUCAGGGCAUUACAUUUUUACUUAGAGACGAAGUGAAAAUGUGACUUAAAAAUAACUGUCCAGUGAAUAUGAUACUUUUAAAAGUUAUUAUUCUGUUAACUCAUAUCCAAAUAAUGUUGUUGACUCGUCCUAUACUCGUAUUUGUGGCCAAAGCAUAAAUUGGAGAAAAAACACUUAAAAACCCCACCUCAAACUUUUAUCUCUAGUUUGGCUCCUGGAUGCUGAUUGGCUGAAAGCCGUGGGUUCUUAAGCACGACGCAACAUGGAGUGCCUGGAUACAACCCUUAGCCAUCAGUGGUCUACUCGCUUGAAUAUUUUAAAUGACCGGUAAAAGGCCACAUCAUGGCCAAUAAACUGGUUACCAACGUAAUUAGAGCAGUUCAUAUACAUGUUUUGUCAUACCCGUGGUAUACGGUCUGAUACACCAAUGCUGUCAGCCAAUCAGCAUUCAGGGAUCGAAACACCCAGUUUAUGUAAACUGGGUGGUAUAAACUGGGUGCUUAGAGCUUUGAAUGCUGAUUGGCUGACAGCCGUGGUAUAUCAGACCGUAUACCAUGGGUAAGACAAAACAUUUUUACUGCUCUAAUUACAUUGGUAACCAGUUUAUAAUUGCAAUAAGGCACCUCAGAGGUUUGUUGUAUAUGGCCAAUAUACCACGGCUACGGGCUGUAUCCAGGCACUCCGCAUUGCUUCAUGACUAAGAACAGCCCUUCGCCGUGGUAUAUUGGCCAUAUACCACACCCACUUGGGCCUUAUUGCUUAAAUAUAUCAUGGGUAUGACACAAAACUACUUGCUUACUGUUAUAUUUAUGUUGGUAACUGGUUUAUAAUAGCAAUAAGGCACCACACCUCCACGGGCCAUAUUGCUUAAAUAGAACAUGAUGUCAUGUUAGCUCAUUAGCUGAGCUGGCCAAUCAGCAGUCUACUCGCAUGAAGAUUUUUAAUGACCGGUAUACGGCCACACCAUUCUGUUGUUGGGGUACGCCCACACCAUUCCAACACAGAAAAGCUGCUUUUUAACAUACUUAAUUGCCAUUUUUUGGAAGGACAAUUAUUUCACUCAUAUUGUAAUUAAAUGCAGGUCAUAUUUCAUAGAAAUCUGGAAACACUGGACAGUUACUUUAAAAGGGAGGUCUUGCUUGUGGGUUAAUGGUACCUGUGUGUUUCAGGUUCGUCCCAGAGGCAGUAAGCACUACAUCCACGUCUGUGGAGGAACUCUCAUCCACAAGAACUGGGUCCUCACUGCUGCCCACUGCUUCCAGAAGUAAGACCAGUCAGACAAUACAAACACACAGACACACUGCCUCCAGAAGUAAGAUUUGCCAUUUCAAUAAUGUUGUGUGAUACCACUCAUGAACUGAACUAGAAAUAAACCCUAGGAGUGCUCUAAUCUCUAACCCAUACACCAUAACUCGGUUAAGAGUAGAGAGAGUCAAUAAAACUUAUGAGAAAACAUAAAGGACUAGUCGAUGACCUGUGUGUAAUGUGACAGUUUGAGUCUGAACCCUGUGUGAACUCAGUUACCCACCAUGCUGUGUGUCUCAGGGGUAAAGCCGAGGAUGCUGGGAGUUGGAGGAUCGUCCUGGGGAAGCACCGGCUGAAACGUUCCGAGAAGCCUGAGAGGACUAUCCCGGUGAAGAGGAUCUACCGUCACGAGCACUUCCGUUACCCCACACACAGCGAGCUGGACUACGACAUCGCCCUGGUCAAGGCUGCCACCGAUAUCGUGCCCAACAACCACAUACGCUACGCAUGCCUGCCGCGCAAACAGAUCAACCUGAAGCCUGGACAAUACUGCUGGGUGACCGGCUGGGGAGACACUCGGGGUAAGGAGGUGGGAGGAGAGGGGGAGGAGAGGGGAGGACAGGGGGUAGGGAGGGGGAGGAACAAGGGUUGAGGGGAGUUGAUGGUGGAGGGAAGCACACGGGUUGAGGGGGAGGCUGGAGGGAGACUAUAACCACUUAUGUGAACUAAAAUUGAGGACAAGAGAGCAUUGACCAGGGUUGUGUUCAGUAGUAACAAGAAUGUUACGUAAAGGUAAUCCUGUAGUGUUUCCCUGUCUGUGUACCAGGUGGGAAGGAGAAUGUGUCUUUGGCUGAGGCUCUGAACCAGGCCCGUCUGCCCAUCAUCGACUUCAAGACCUGCCGUCAGAAAAAGUUCUGGGGAGAACGUGUCAGGGACUCCAUGAUCUGUGCCGGCUUCAGAGACACAGAAGGACCACCUGCUGCCUGCCAGGUAGAAAGGGAGGGAGGAGAGGAGGGAGAUGGGGACAGAGAGGGAGGGUGGGAGGAAGGGACACAGAAGGACCACCUGCUGCCUGCCAGAUAGAAAGGGAGGGAGGAGAUGAGGGAGAUGGGGACAGAGAGGGAGGGUGGGAGGAAGGGACACAGAAGGACCACCUGCUGCCUGCCAGGUAGAAAGGGAGGGAGGAGAGGAGGGAGAUGGGGACAGAGAGGGAGGGUGGGAGGAAGGGACACAGAAGGACCACCUGCUGCCUGCCAGGUAGAGAGGGAGGGAGGAGAGGAGGGAGAUGGGGACAGAGAGGGAGGGUGGGAGGAAGGGACACAGAAGGACCACCUGCUGCCUGCCAGGUAGAAAGGGAGGGAGGAGAGGAGGGAGAUGGGGACAGAGAGGGAGGGUGGGAGGAAGGGACACAGAAGGACCACCUGCUGCCUGCCAGGUAGAAAGGGAGGGAGGAGAGGAGGGAGAUGGGGACAGAGAGGGAGGGUGGGAGGAAGGGACACAGAAGGACCACCUGUUGCCUGCCAGGUAGAAAGGGAGGGAGGAGAGGAGGGAGAUGGGGACAGAGAGGGAGGGUGGGAGGAAGGGACACAGAAGGACCACCUGCUGCCUGCCAGGUAGAGAGGGAGGGCGGAGAGGAGGGAGAUGGGGACAGAGAGGGAGGGUGGGAGGAAGGGAGAAGUGGGAAAGACAGAGAGGAGGAAGAGAGGAGAAAGAAAUACAUACUUGUACUUUGUAUUAACAUUGGAAUGUGAUCUAACAAUGUCCCCCCCCCCCCCCCCCCUUUCAGGGUGACUCAGGGGGUCCUCUGCUCUGUCAGCUGGGGCGUGACAGGUGGGAGGUGCACGGUGUGGUGAGCUUCGGCCCAAUUGGCUGCACCGUGGAGAACAAGCCCAGCGUGUUCACCCGCACCGCCAACUACAUCCCCUGGAUCGAGGCUACCCGCAUCAGAGACUUCUUCCUGCAUUAGACCACACACACACACAGAACCUAACAACCCCUCUGCACCCACCAAACUACAGCAUUGUUUUUUGGGGAGAGGUACCAUAUUAACCCCGCCCCCUUCAACCUCUCCCCCUCCCCGCUGUGACCAUGACCUGUGAGUCACUACAGUGACAUCAGACAAUAUUUGAAUAAAUCAAUAAAUGGUGCUUUCAAAACAACAAGGUAAAAUCGUGACGUCAGCGAUCUUCAAGGUGGAAAGUCAGAGCUCUAGGAUGAUUCCCGAGUUUCCGACUUGGAUGACAGUUAAAAAAACUAUUUUUCCCAGUCUGAGCUGGUUUUUUCCAACUUCCCAGUUGUCUUAAAAGCACUGAGGUCGGAGCUUUCCGAGUAGCCCAGUCGUCUUCAACGUGGC